AUGGAGAAUGUUAAGUCAUUUCGCCAAGACUCACCACGCGAUAAAGGGUUUGAGAAGUUUGGCGAGCAUGUCACCAUCGACACUAUGGUGUUGCACGGGCUUGGCAAUCGCGGGAAUAAUGGGGAGACAGAUGCUGUGGUCUUCUAUGAUCUAGCAACCGAGUGGUUGGAGAGUGUUCCCGUCAAGGGAAGAACAAAUGCCGAUACGCUUCGCGCGUUCCAGCAGGUCUUCGGCGACCUUCAGGAUGUGAACUCAUUCUCCAUGGAUGUGGAGAGAAGAUACGCACCCUCUGCGAUUCGGGAAAUUUAUUGCGAUAAAGCCCGUGAGUUCAUAUCGACCUGCAAGAGAGUUGGCAUCUCUGUGAAGCAUUCCACUCCUGGCAUGCCUCGAACUAAUGCCAUUGCCGAGAGCAAGGUGAAGCUUGUCCUUCAUGGCGCACGCGUGGCGCUUAGGCAAGCAGGUUUGAGCGCCAAAUUCUGGCCUUAUGCGUGUAAGCACAUCUGUCAUGCUCGCAACAUCGAGCUGCGCGAGGGCCAGAGUGCAUACGCAUUGCGAUUUAAUGGUGCCGAGUUUGACGGUCAGGUUCUUCCAUUUGGCAUUGGAUGUCUUGUUGACUUCUAUCCCACGCCGGCACGAAAACAGACCCGGCGAAGUCAGAGAGAUGAAGUCGUACUUGGCGAUGGUGAGGAGUAUGCACUGCCUGCGCCUGGAGAUGAUGGAUUGAUCGAUGUCGAAGUCGGAUUCGACGAUGACGGCACCGAUGUUGAUCAUCGCUUGUCAUCCUACCAACGCCCCAGCAAGUUCUCUCCCACAAGCAAGCCCGGUAUAUUCCUGGGUUAUCACUUCGAGAAUGGGGGCAGGUGGGACGGUGACUACAUCGUCGCUGACCUUGAAGACUUCAAGCGCGACGCAUUGCGAGCAAGCGUUCAUCAGGUAAAGAAGAUAUACUGUUCUCCCAAGGAGCGAUGGACGUUUCCGAUGCCGGCUGUGUACGAUAAACAGACUCGAUCAGUAUGCAUCAACGAUCCCGCGAUGCACUCUACCGUGCCAAAGCCGAGUGAACGCCUUGACGCCUCCGACAUGCUCAAUCUCGAAGAUAUCGAUGAAAUCUUCGCCCUUGACGAGUCGACUCGAAUGACCGAUGAAGAUAUUCGACAGGCCCGCGAGGCUGAGUUACGAGCAGAGACCUCUCAUGGAGGAGGCGUCGACUACUGGGAAUAUGAUCCAUCCGCGCAUAAGUGGACGUAUCACGUUGUUGUUCCAAGAAAGGCGAUGGUACAUCCCAGUAAGACUCCAGGUUCCAUAGGGGAGUCGCCUGAUCCGUGGAAGCUGAGCACGGUGCGUAUAUCGAAUGUUCAGUACAAGGACAAAAGCCCGGUUACGAUAUAUGAAACCGGGUAUGCCUUCGACAAGACAAGACUCAUGCAGCUUUGGACCGGCACUGUUGAGUUCUUUGAUGACGGCUUUGCCCCACCCAAGAAGAAGUUGCCUCCUUAUCAUGGAUCUGAGGUCCUGGAGGGCGAGGGGGGUUUACGCUAUCAUCAGAAUGACUCUCGCGAUGCCGCUCCUGUUGAUAUCGCUUUCGAUUCGGAUUAUGAGUCUGGUGCCGAACGGCAUGACAAGGACUACUGGUAUCACGAUGUCGCUGCUGGCACGAUCACCCGAUUUCAUGUGAUCGAGCGCCGAGCGCGCUUUAAUCCGACCUCCGUCAAGGAUUGCCCUGUUGAUCCUGCGACGUUGACCGAUGUCAGGAUGACUAUGGCCAUGACCGACGGCACGGAGUUUACAUUGCAAGACUCAUGGAGAUCAUCCGAUGUUCGAUCUCUGCCGUGUCGGUGGACUGGCAAGACCGUUUUCGUCAUUGGUUCCUCUGCCAAAACGCAGAUUAAAGUUCGAACUAGUCUGCCGAAUAAAGAUGGCACAGAGCGCCGCGUGCAAACCGCAAAUGGAUAUUAUGGCCAUGCACUGCGUGCAAAAGGGCGUACUGUUGUCCCUGCCAAGUCUCGCGCCUGUGUGGUUACGGAUCUUGAGUUUGAACCCCCGGGCGGUAUGUCAGCCCGUCUCCAGCCGCUUCGCGGCAGUGGCCUCGAUGUUUGUCCGGCCAUGUACAAGUACAAUGAGGGGGCCACUCAAUCCGGUGUUGACGUCCUUAAUCCUACCGAUUCCGAUAUUACAAUCGAGCCUGGACAGGACGUUGCAGUGGUUCAAUUUUACACUUCGGUAUUGGCAGCGGUUGAACUCGACUUCACCGCAGAGGAUGUCAAUGGUGAUGUGUCUACGCCGGUCGAACCAUCCGACGAUGGUAUUGCUGCUGGUGCAGCCAAUUUGGCCAAGGGCUGGGAGCUCAUGGCUUCCAAGAUCAAAUUGGAGCCGCCUUCGAGCAUCAAACGUUAUCUGGGAUGUGAACAUGUUUCCCACGUUGUUCCUUGCACUUUUGAUCCGCGUUCUUACUGGACGCGAUUCGAGGAGCCUAAGAAGGCGUUUCCCGAGCUAACUUUUGGCUAUCGAGACACCAGUGUCGCGCAGGGCUCUGUUGGUCCUCGCGAAAUUCGAAUGAUCAAGUACGAUAUGCGAUCAUUCAUGGAGCAGUGUGUUUCUCGCUAUGUUGAGCUCUGUGGUCCUAAAUAUAAGGCCUCCUUACGGUCGGCUGACACGCCGUUCCUCGAUGAGUCGCGACCGGAGUUCGAUACCAAUCCGGAUCGCCCCGCCGUGAACCGCCUGCUGGGCCAUCCCGCUGACACGCCUGUGCCUCCUGGUAAGGGCGUUCUCGGCGACUGCGCAGCCGCCGUUCUCAUGAAAAUCCUGUAUGGUGCUCGCAUGGGGCGGUACGAUCUCAUUCGUCCUGUGCAGGCACUUGCCAGUCUCAUCACUAAAUGGGAUGGCUUGUGUGACAAGCCUCCUGCUCCACCGAUUCCCACGGGGCAGGAUGACUCUAAUAUGGGCACCGAUGAAGCCCCAGUUCCGACCCAGACUCCGAGAGACGAGUCUACCGGGGGCGGAAGACGUCCCGAGGCUAUUCCGAUAGGACUGAGGAUGAAGGCGAUGAUGCUGAAGAUCGGGGUCCAAGAGAUCCCGCAAGCCUCAGUCUGGCAACGCCUCGACCAGCUGGCGUGCAACCAUGGUUUCGAUCAGAGGCUGCAUCAGCUGAUUGACUCCUUCCUCCUCACUAACCAUCCACUCGCGGACAAGCAGAGGAAGCAGUACCCUCGGGAGUUUAUGGACUUCGUCGACCGAUAUAGGGUGAUGUGCGCUCUUGCAUUUUCCCGAGUGGCGACACUGUCAGGUGAUGCCGCAGGGGUCCGCGAGAAAAUGGACCUCACGAUGGCCCUGGCUCGCCACUGUAUGCACUUCCAAGCGCAGAGCUUUAAGGGGUCUCGAGAGACGCUGAGCAACGAUACGCUCCGUCUCAUGGGAACAUGUUAUAUCCCGUCGCCUCUUGCGAGCUGGAACCGAAAUCUCAUGGGGUACAGCAGUUCGUCUGCGGAGCAGCGAUGGCUGAGGACCGAUACGAGUAUCAAACACAAUGACCUCGCCAAGUUGUCACCCACUGAGAUGUCCAGGGAAACGGUCAACCCGGCUGAGGCUGUGAAGUUCUUCAAGGGUUUUCUGCAGCUCCGGCCGACGCUGUCAUUUCUCCCUGGAUCGUUUCUGGCGAUCAAGGCUCUUAACCGAUUUCCCACGCUGGACUCUCUAAAGGAGCAGGCCAUGCAUCUCGAGAACGAUCGCAAGGAACAUGGCUACGAUCUUCCUGCCGUGGACGCGAACGGAAUCGGGGAAGUGGCCGCCUUCCGCAACGAAGACGACGAUGGAAAUACCCCGUUGAUGCACGGGUGGGUCUCGUUCAUGAAGGCAUUGGCUGAUACUUACCCUGGGCGAUGCGUCAGCAUCGAUGAUACGCUCAACUGGGGAGCCAGCACCCCUAUGGCCUACGAGGAUGGUGCUUCGCAGAUCACUAUCCACCCGACUGACGGAUGGGUGUAUGUCCCAGCGAUGAAUUCGGACAUUUAUGAUCCUCAGGAAACGUUCCUCCACGGAACGAAUCUCCGAUACCUCUGGUCGAUUCUUGCGCACGGAGGCUUGUUCGGAGAGGAUUACGUGACGGACGAUCAUGGAAGUCACGAACCCUGCGUCUGGGUGACUGGACACGCCCCCGAGGCUGCCGGCAGCUAUGCGUCUGGCACGUACCUCGGUGGGGGAUACUGGUUCCAAGUGAUGAUCUGCGUCUCCCGGACUAUGGUGAACAGCCACAGCCGAACGACAAAGAAGCUGGGGGGAUCCCAGAAGCAGAUCCGCGUCGGGACUAGGUUUCUCGAGCUGUGCGGGAUCGCAUUCAGGCCAUUCCGACUUUUGGACGACCGCGAGAAAGGGGUUUCGACCUCCCCGAACUACGUCGUCCACGGACACCGAUUUCUCAGUGCCGACGGAACGAAAGCCGUGGCCUGGCACCCGUGGAUGGAGGCGAGCCCGAUCGAUCCUCGCAUCCUGCAGCUGCUGGGAGACGUUGUCGCUCACGAUAAUGUCGAGUUUGCAGACCUCACGAUUCAAGGAGGCAGCACUACCCAACAGAUUGCUUCUACCGAGACAGAGCAACCUGGGGCAGCCGCGGCUGAUGAUCAGGCCACGGCGGGUAGUGGUGAAGCAACGGAGCGAAUCACCGUCGACCCGUAUGCCUUGCUGUCCGAGCUUCAGUCUUCUAGCUACCGAAUUGAGCUUGCGCCAUUCUUCCAGCUGCGUGCACCCAUCCUGGGAGAGGAAGGGAGCCAGGAUCUGCCCAAGCCUUCAAGGCUCGAGAGGAUUGCCGGAGGACCAUCCAAGGAAUGGGAGGCAUGGUGCAAGCACUACCGAAAGGCAUACAUUGUCAUGCUUGGCAACUUCGGCUACAUGCCCGCCAAGAGCAUCAAGGGUAUCCAGUACGAUGAAGAUGGUACAACGGAUAUCAUUAGCGCGCCCGUCUGGAGUCCGGCCGACGCCCUUGUGGCAAUCUCGAUCCACGGGAUCAGAGCGGUCACGACCAUGCAUGGCUUCCACGAUUGCAUUUGGGGGUGCUCCGCCAACGAUCAAGCCGGCGGUACCCAGUAA